AUGUAUUCAAUGAAAGGUCCAUUGUUAUGUGUUUCGUCAGGAAAAAAAGAUGCUCAAAUUCAAUUUCUUCAAACUAUUGUUUCGAUUGCUAAUCUUUUUGGUGAAUGUCAAGAAUUUAUUCUUAUGACAAAAAAUUCUACAUUUGUUUAUGGACAACAAAUAUGUACAUGGUUAUCAUUGAAUCAUGAACAACAACGACCACAAAUGAUUACAUGUUUAAAUGGUAAAAAAAUUAUUCAAGUUGAUUCGGGCAGUGAUUUUGUUGCCAUUUUAACUAGUGAUGGUCAAGUUUAUCUGGCAAGUGGAAAUUCAGUUUGGCAAACGAACAAUACUUUUCGUUUAAUUUCUACCGAUAAUGAUCGUUUUCAUAUGAUUGCCUCUGGUGCUAAUCAUUUAUUAUUGUUACGACGUGAUGGUCAUCUUUUUGCCAUAGGUGAUAAUGAAUUUGGUCAAAUAACCGGAGAAUUGAAAUCAUCUUAUGAAACUAUGAUUGACGCUGGUUUGUGUAAUAUAAAAUUAAUUACUUCUGGAUGGCAACAUUGUCAUGCUUUAACCAGAUCAGGACGAUUAUAUUCCUGGGGCCGUAAUGAAAACGGACAAUUAGGUAUUGGUAAUUUAGAAAAUCAAAAACAACCACAUAUCGUUAGAUUUUCGAAUAAUUUUAUCAAAACAAAUCGAUUGAAAAAUAUUGUUUCGGCUCUUGGACAUUCAUUAUUUUUAUUUGAAAAUGGUGAAAUUUUUUCUUGUGGCUACAAUAAACAUGGCCAACUUGGUCUUGUUGUUUGUUCAAAAUUUCAUGAAUUUUCUAUCGCAUUAACUAAAUCAUCCGAUUAUUUUAUAUGGGGUCGAAAAAUUAAUGAAGAUUAUUAUGAAAUUCCUACAAGUUUGAAUAAAAAACCAAUUUCAUUUGCACAAGCAUCAGCAUCAAUAUUACCAUUACCAUUAACAUUUGGUUUAACAUCGGUUAUCUAUUUAUGUACACCAAAACGUUUAUCAACAAAAUCAUCGAUACAAGAAUCAAUUAUUUGUUUAUUCGAUAAUCCAGAUAAUUAUAAUGUAGAAUUUGUUAUUGGUAAUAAAUUCAUUCGUGCAUGUAAACAUUAUCUGAAAUCAAUAUCCGAUUAUUAUUGUCGUAUGUUUUCGGGUGAUUGGCGUGAAAAUAAUCGUGUCAUAAUCGAUGCUUAUAGCUAUGAUACUUAUUAUGCAUAUUUAUCAAUGUUACAUAAUGGUGGUUUUAUUGAAAUCAAUGAAAAAAUUAUUGCCGAAUUAAUUGAUUUAGGUAAUUGUUAUGGUGAUCAACAAUUAUUACAAUAUUGUCGUACAUUUAUAUAUGAAAAAUUGAAUAAUUCAACUAUCGAAUUAUAUCAACCAUUAAUAACAAAAUAUGAAAUGAUUGAAUUUGAUUAUUAA